AACUGCAAAAGGCUUCUUUUCUUUAUUUUAUUUUAUUUUUUAGUAUUUGAUAACUUGAUCGGAAACGAAGCAAGUAGCGGCGGCGGAGAGAGAUUUUCCAGCGAAUGGCGGAGGUGGAGACGGCGCAGGAUUACCUGCAGGCUGUGGUAAACUUCUUGUGGCAGCCGAAUGAGUUCUCUUAUCAGCAUGUUUGGCCGCCGAUGGAAUUUGGAUGGAGGAUUAUCUUGGGGUCGUUGAUUGGAUUCUUUGGAGCUGCUUUUGGAAGUGUGGGAGGAGUGGGUGGUGGUGGGAUUUUUGUUCCCAUGCUCACUCUUAUCAUCGGAUUUGAUCCCAAAUCUUCUACGGCCAUUUCUAAAUUUAUGAUCAUGGGAGCAGCAGGAUCAACUGUAUACUAUAAUCUCAAGAUUCGUCAUCCGACCAUAGAUAUGCCCAUCAUCGACUAUGAUUUGGCUCUUCUGUUUCAGCCAAUGCUUAUGCUUGGAAUCAGCAUUGGAGUUGCCUUCAAUGUUCUAUUUGCUGAUUGGAUGGUGACUGUUCUCCUUAUUAUAUUGUUUAUAGGAACAUCAACCAAGGCUUUCAUGAAAGGGGUAGAAACUUGGAAAAAGGAGACAAUAAUGAAGAAGGAAGCUGCCAAGCAAGCCAAUGCAACUGGGAAUGAAGGAGAAGACUACAAGCCCCUACCUGCUGGACCAGGUGGCACUGCUACCAAGUUGCUGAUUAAAGAGACUAGAAAAGCAGAGGUUUCAGUCACAGAGAAUGUUUGCUGGAAGGAACUUGGCCUUCUAGUUGUUGUUUGGAUUGUAUUCCUUGUUCUUCAAGUUGCAAAGGUGUGUUGA